AUCACUGGAGGCCUCUCGUGGCCAUUAAAAGUCAGUGGUUCAACUGCGGCUUGUUCAGACGCGGAGUGGUUCUCCAACCCUCAAGUCCAUAUAGACCCUCCUUUCAUCAAGAGGCCCUCGUAAACAUCACGAGAGUUAAUAAAGUGUAUUGUGGUCACUGCGAUCCCAAGGUGCAGUUUGGUGUUUAACUGUGACAGCAACUAAAAGUCCGAGGAGAAAGUGUGCUUGUUUACCAGCCCGACCGUCACAAUUCUUCCACUACGAUAACUUGAGCAGUUAUGAUUAUACACAAUGUGUCCUCGAGUUAUGGAGAGUAGGAGGGGGCGCGCAUGUCGUGCCAACGCGUAGCGAGUGAAAUUACGCUUUGGGAAGGAGAGUCGGUUAUGCUUUGUGUUGUUACCGAUGCCCCGCCUCUGAUGGGAGCCUUAAACCUGGCACCCAGCUAAAACAAACGAAAGCCAGUACCGAGCUCCCACUCAACCCAAUUAAGGUGGACUCCAGUGCGCUCCAGUACAUCUUCAUCUAGCCGGAUCGACGUUGAGACAACAGGAACCAGAGGGGCUUUGGCCAAAAAAAAGAAGGAGAGAUUGCGCUUGCCUUCUGAUUUCUCCCCUCUCCAGCCCCAGAAGAACAAUGUCGAUGAGCCCUAAGCAUACGACUCCUUUUUCUGUUUCCGAUAUCCUGAGUCCCCUUGAGGAGAGCUAUAAGAAAGUAAGUAUGGAGAACAACAACUUGGGGGCGCCGCUCACUUCGUACCGGCAGCCUCAGGUCUCUCAGGCGGCCAUGCAGCAGCACCACAUGGGCCACAACGGGAGUGUGUCCGCAUACCACAUGACCGCCGCGGGGGUCUCCCAGCUCUCGCACUCGGCCAUGGGCGGCUACUGUAACGGCAACCUGGGCAACAUGAGCGACCUGCAGUCGUACCAGGACGGCAUGCGGAGCGGUGCCACGGCCACCGGCUGGUACGGGGCAAACCCCGACCCGCGCUUCUCCACCAUUUCCCGCUUCAUGGGGUCCUCCUCGGGAAUGAACAUGGGCAGCAUGGGCAGCCUGAGCUCCCUGGCGGACGUCGGGAAGGGCCUGGGUCCGCUGUCGAGCACCCCGCGGCGGAAGAGACGCGUGCUGUUCUCGCAGGCGCAGGUGUACGAGCUGGAGCGGCGCUUCAAACAGCAGAAGUACCUGUCGGCGCCGGAGCGGGAGCACCUGGCCAGCAUGAUCCACCUCACGCCGACCCAGGUGAAAAUAUGGUUCCAAAAUCACCGGUACAAGAUGAAGCGCCAAGCUAAGGACAAAGUGUCGCAGCAACAGAUGCAGCAGGAGAACGGCUCGUGUCAGCAGCAGCAGCAGUCCCCGCGGCGCGUGGCCGUGCCAGUGUUGGUGAAGGACGGCAAGCCGUGUCAAGGUAGCGGUCACCCUCCCACGGCCUCCGGACAGAGCCUCCACCAGCAGGGCUCCAACAUCAUGAUCAUGUCCAAUAACAGCGGUGGGCUCGGGCCGCACCAGGGCCAGCAGGGGGGCAGCACGGACCACUCGCCCGACCUCGUGCAACACAGUCCGCCCUCCCUGCAGAGCCAGGUGGCCGGCCUGUCUCACCUCAACCCCUCGGGAGGGGAGUACGGGACCGCUUUGCAGUGUUCCGCCCUGCUUUACGGCAGGACGUGGUGAUGAGACUGCAUCACUGUCCAACAAGCCUGUGGAAAAACGACUUAGAGGCAAGACUCUACACAUUAACUGUACAUUUAUAUAACGACGGCCGAGUGAAUUGGUCCGUCUGGUGGUGUCUUAUGGCGUUUCACGUUUAAAGAGACCGAGACUGUUGUGAAGUAUAGGCCGACCAGGAAGGGCGGACGAAAACCCAGCACCAACUUUUGAUUACUAACCGCGGACGUGUGAAUCCACUUUUGGGAAUUAUUUAUCUAACUUAUGCUGAAAAAAACGAAGACUCGGCUCCAAUAGACCGUAGCUGCUCUGGUUUGGUGAAACCUACAGGAACACUUACACGGGCCUGGUAGCCUACGGUGCUACAGCACCUAUCACCCCCCCCCCCCGUCUACACACAGGGGGGCUGUUUAUGAUAGACUUUAAUGUAAUCCGUAGAUCUGUAUAAUUCUGUAAAAGGUUUCGAUAGGAUAUAUAGUUUUAGCUAUCUGUUGUAUAAAGUUUUUGACGCUAUUGCAAAUUUGUUGUCGUUCCAUUGGUAUUUGUACGUUUAAUUUCUAUGUAACUUAUAUAGACAUUUGACUUAAUACAAACAGUGCUAUUAAUAAAUUAUGGAAACAAAAUUCAGUUAAC